UCACCCUCCCCGGGGUGAAAGGUAAGCGGAAGUGCUCUUUCUUUCUCUGCUGUAGGCCCGAGAGGUUGCUGCCGACAUGGGCAAGUUCAUGAAACCCGGGAAGGUGGUGCUGGUCCUGGCCGGUCGCUACUCCGGACGCAAAGCGGUCAUCGUAAAGAACAUUGAUGACGGCACCUCAGACCGACCCUACAGCCAUGCUCUGGUGGCUGGAAUUGAUCGCUAUCCCCGCAAAGUGACAGCUGCCAUGGGCAAGAAGAAAAUUGCCAAGAGGUCAAAGAUCAAGUCUUUCGUGAAAGUUUAUAAUUAUAAUCAUCUCAUGCCUACAAGGUACUCUGUGGAUAUCCCCUUGGACAAAACUGUUGUCAACAAGGAUGUCUUCAGAGACCCUGCUCUCAAACGCAAGGCCCGACGAGAGGCCAAGGUCAAGUUUGAGGAGAGAUACAAGACCGGCAAGAACAAAUGGUUCUUUCAGAAGCUGCGGUUUUAGGUCUGUCUUGUUUCAGUCAUUACAAAUACAAAAAUACAAAAAAAAAAAAAAUCCAUGUGUCUGCUUCCUUCUUGUUAUUAGACUGGGAAAGAACAUUCAUACAAUGAGGGACUG